AUGCUUUUGAGCUUCGUUGUGGUGGUGAUAGGGCUGAGCCUCUUACUACGGUCCUCGGCGUCGGGGGAGCAGGACGUUCCAAGUGAUGCCGUCCUUGAAGCAGUGAGAUUACUUCAAGAUGUCAAGGAGAACUUCAGACUCCCUGUCGCGGGAAUAUCUGAAGUGCAAAAAAUCAACCAAAGGGUACAGGAAGCAGAAGUCAAGAAGUUACUUCAGGACGUCAAAGAGACUUUCAGACCUCCUGCCACAGGUGUGAUAUCUGAUGUACAAAAAAUCAACCACAGGGUACAGGAAACAGAAGCCAAGAAAUUGCUUCAGGAAGUAAAAGAGACCAUCAGACCUCCUGUCGCAGAUGUGAUAUCUGAUGUGCAAAAAGUCAACCAAAAAAUAAAUGAAAAAGAAGCUAGGAAAUUACUUCAGAAUGUCAGAGAGACCUCGCGAACUCCAGCCACAAGGGUGAUCUCUGACGUGCAAAAAGUUAAACAGGAUGUGCAGGAAACUGAAUCUAUGCGACUACUCCAAGAUGCUGAAGAGACCUUGACACCUGUCACAAGGGUGCUCUCUGACAGGCAAAAAAUUAAUCAGAAAUCACAGGAGAUAGAAGCUAUGAAACAACUUCAAGAAGCUAAAGAGAUUUUGAAAUCUGUUGCAGGGGUGAUGUCUGAUGUGAAAAAAAUUAAUCAGAAGGUACAGGUAACUGAAGCUGAGAGACUACUUCAAGGAGUUAGAGAGACUCUGAGACCAGUAGCAGGGGUGGUAUCCGAUGUGCAAAAAAUUAAUCAAGACGUUAAAGAGACUUGGAAACCUGUCACAGGGGUGAUAUCUGAUGUUCAUAAUAUAAACCCGGAGGUAAGGGAAAUUGUCUUGAAAAGUGAUGAAGUGGUAACCGAGAUGGAGAAGGAAAAAGAGGAGAUGGGCCACAAAAAGAAUGUCAUAGCAAAUGAGAAAAAGCCUCCUCAAAAGGAUAAGCUAGAUCAACCCUCUACACCUAAAUCUAAAUUGAAAAUUGUAGGGGUUCGAGUUGAUGCUUCAAGUAACUCAAUACCAAUGGAAAAGUUAGUUGGUGCAGACACUCUGAGGCAUACAGACAACGAGUCUACUCCUGAUGAGUCACACGAAGUUGUAAGUAUUGCUGCACCUCCAAAUUCUGAAAAGAUCUCGGAAAGUUUUGUUAAAGGCCGCAAUGGGAGGGCUCGGGUAGUUAAAAUGAGACGCCCCAUUUCAGUGCCUGAUACGGAAGAAUCUGGGUCUGAAGUUAUUGACUGGACAGCUUUUGAUCCAGAAAAUGUGCAUGAUUUUGAGGCUUUUGGAAGAAAGAUAGAACCAAAAAAUAAUAAGGGAGUUUCUUCAGAACCCCAACGGCCUCAUGACACUCCAGUGCAAGGAGCUGAUGAUUCAAGAAAUGUUCAAGAUUUUUCGGGAAUUUCCAAAGUCAAUGAAAUUCCACCAAUAGCACCAGCACCUCAACAAUCAGGAGGUUCAGAGGCAUCAACACGAGAACUGACAGAUGGAAAGAGCCAGUCAUAUAAACCAGCAGCAAUAACACAAACCCCAACUAGAUCUCCAACAACAGCGGCAUCAACUUCUACUAGAAAAAGAGUAAGGAUUCCAUCAUUUUCCAGAUCAACAACAUCACCUCAAGUCCAACCCACUCAUCAUGCAACACCCAAACCAGCUUCAAAGCAAUUAAGAACAACUACUACUCCGGAUGUACUUUCAAAUGAAAAUGAAUUAGAUUUACACCGCAUUUCAUCUAAAUCUCAAAUCCUUGUCCCAGAUGAAGCUCCAAGUUUUCAUUUUGAACCUCCUCCAGUUCCUCAAAAACCUCUCACCACUUCAUCAAGACUUCUCCGUCCUGCGUCAAGUAAAGGCAACACUCCAACAACAUUACGACCUCAAUCAAUAUCCACAACUUCUAAGUUUUUACGACCUCGUCCAACGACUUCAUCAAGCCACCCCUCCAAGUCAGUUAGACCUGUCACUUUGCGACGCCCAGUUUCAACUUCCACAACUAAAACUCCUACUGCUCCAGUUUCUUCCACUCUUCAGCCGCUACCGCUGUCUUCCUUGGUACCAGGUGCCCCUUUCCGAGCACCAAUAACACAACUUCAUCCAGUCUCUUCUCUCAGUGAAAGUACCAAGACCCCAAAGCCAUCAUCAACCAUAACAACUCAUUCAACCAGAAAAUCAACUGCUCCGAGAGUACCAAAUCUAUUUUCAACUACUGCUUUUGAUUUUAGUCGUAUUCCACAAACUAGUCCAUCACCAACUUCCAUAACCUCUGCUUUUCCAUUCUCAACAUCUCACAGACCUCAGUUUAAUGCUGGAUCCACUGCCAAUAUUUUUCAAUCCUUCUUUACCUCGCAGCCAACAUCAUCCACUGCAAACUCAGUAACACCAUUUUCUCACCCAUCAUCUACAGCUUCCCUUCAUUCACCUUUCACUUCCCUUAGACCAACAAUUGCUUCUUUACAAACACCAAUCUCAUCGCCUACUCCAUUUGUUUCGUCAACUGAACCAACUAUUACCGCAUCCCCCCAUUCCAUCACACCAUCUAACCCCAACAACAUUCUGAGAAGACCAACAGUAACCACCAUUGUGCCCUCUUUUACAUCAAGAAGACCAAAAUUAAACACUUUCCUUCCAGACAUUUCAUCACGACGACCAGUUGUGACAACAAAAAGGCCCCUGCCCACUUCAGAUUUCCCAGAUAUAUUAAAAUCUGAUCCAAGUAGCUUAUUUACCAGUCCUUCUAGCACAACAUUACGAGAUGAUGCACCAGUUACUACAAGUGCUGAUCCUGUCACGGUGAUAAACUCUCCGGAACCCCCUUUCACAGGAUUUAGCUUCCAGUCAUUCAGACCUGGUUCUAGCUCAUCAAGUUCAUUUAAAAUUGGAGCCUCUGCCCUUACAGGCUCUGAGGCAAAACCUGAUGCUGUAGUUCCUCAAAGUCAGCCACAGAGGCCAAAUGAUUUCUCUCCAUCCCCACUGUCUACCACUUCAAGUGAUAAUUUUACUCCAUCUUCCUUUGCUACCAUUGGCCUCUUUACUUCAUCCACACCAGGAUUUGGAGUGAGGCGACGUCCCACAAGUUUUCCAACAACAUCCACAUCUCGUUUUACCCCAUCACAAAUACCUACAGUAAACUCUGGACCUCGCAUUACAACCUUCCGUCCACUAUUUGCAUCCCCUACAACACCCAGACCACAACCAGUUCCAUCUCUACUGACCAUAGACACACUAGAUCCUGUGACGCCUCAUACUUCCUUUGCAUCGAAGUUUUCAAGACCUCAGACAACUGCAAAUGAAAUACAGCACAAGCCCCCUCUUACAUCUGACCUUGGUAACUUUCCUGCCCUGCCUAUUUCAAAUCCAAAUAUUUUCCAAAUUCUUCAGCAGCAAUCUCUACACAAUUUUGAAUCACAACACCUAUCCACAGCAAAGCCUAGGCGAGUUACAACCUCACACCCAAGGCAAAUAUUAUUUACAUCCACACUAAGAGACCAAAUAACUACCAUCAAACCACAGCACACAUUAACUACUACACCUAGGCAUUCAAUAUCAACAUCUACAACUAGAGCCCCAUUUUUCCAAUUUUUCUCUUUAGGGGGAAAACCUCUGGUAACAACAGCUCCAAAUAAUCCUCCUUCAAACCACAUACCUACAGUAAAAGCUACAGUGCCUUCUGUAACAACACCACAACUAACUGUAACUUCACCAGCACCUUUGGUAACAUCUUCUAGGCCUGUAUUAACAUCACCUUUACCUCUAGUAACAACACUUAGACCUGCUACUCUUAGUUCCAAUCCAUCAUUUCACCGAACGUCAUCCCCCAGACCAACAACGGCUCACAUUUUUGAGGAUGUUCCGUCUUCUAUAUCAACAUUAGAAGUAAGUGACAAGGCAAAUAGGUUCCGAGGUUUCUCUUUGAAUGAAGACCGACCUUCCUUAGCGCUAUUUCCACACAAUGCACUCGUAAAUUUCCAUGGUAAUGUACUUUCCCCUAUUCCAGUAACACAGCCUUCUAUAACUACACCUCUUUCGCCAUUCUUGGCUGCAUUCAGCCGUCCAGCAUCUAAUACAGUUGACGAAUCACAGCAGAUAGAUCAGGAAAGGGAUAUUAAUUUAUUCAGACCUCAUAUUCAGAGUGGUGGAUUUUUACCGAUCCCAAGUCGGUUCACUCCAACACUUCCACCAAUAAAAGCAAAGUUCUCUUCCCGCCCACAAAAUUCUCAAAAUCCAUUUAACAGACAUGUUUCUCUAUCAACAGCUCCACCUAUUAUAACCACAGCUAGGGGACCAUUUACCUUUGAUCCUUCAAGAUUUCAAUUAACAACUACACAGGAACCAUUUGUUUUUAGACAUACCACAACGAGGCGUUCUAUAACACCAGCAAACUCUUAUAGCAAUGGAGCCCAGGCCACAUCACUUAGGCCAAUACUAAGGGAACCGUCCACUAUACCACCACUAGUAAGUUCAACUCAACCAAAUAUUCCUCAAACAACCGAACCUUCUAAGGCUCCUGAAACACCAAGCACAUGGCAACUCACCAGGCCUAAGCAGAAUAACUUUCCACUGCCUGGUGGAGCACAAUCUGUCAAUGAAGUGGGCCCAGGAGCUUUUACAAGUCCACGACCAAAGGCACAGACAUCUUUCAGUUCUUUUGGAGCAGUUACUUCUUUUGAAAGUGCACGCCACAGUACCACAGCCAAACCCAUAACAGACAAGCCAGUAAAAACAGCUCCUACAGAAUCAAGUCUUCCAGUAAACUUGCAUCAACCAACUACUGAAUUACCAAUACAAGAAACUGCAGCAUCUACUACACACCCCAUUUAUGCGAAGAGACCAGUUAAUGUUCUACCAGCAACAGCCGUGACACAUCUCAAUAAGGUGACUCCAACAGAGGGGUCCUUCCAAUGGAGUCCUAACAAGGCGGGACAUUCCACACGAAAACCAAUGUUGUCUCCACAUACUAGUCCCAACGUAAUCCUUCAGCCAGCAGCCAGAUCGGGGUCUCAAUCACAAUCUGAUUUCACUGCACCACCUAAAAACGACAUACCGUCACCACUGGCUAAAAUUGCAGACUAUUCACUCAAACAUUCUCGAGCACCAAAAACGCUGGAGUCUCCGACAACUCCAAAGCCGCGCCCAAGAGCAAAAGCACCAGCUAAUGUGUUUCGCCCUCCUGAGCCCAUAACGGGCAAAUCUUUCAUUUUCGUCCGAAGCGGGGGUCAUGAAUAUCGGGUCGUUUGGCUAUAA